CAUCUCACCUUGCGCUGUGUUACACGAAGAUAAACAAGCCCAGCCAUUCUUUGCCAGCGAAAUUGGCAUUCAGCGCUCCAUCUUCAAACAACCAUUAACUUACCCCCUGUCGUAACAAAACACAACGUACUAGCAUACCCAAAAGAAAGAAUAACUUGAGAAAGGAAAAGAAAAGAAAAAUGCCAGACCGCAUCCCCCCCGCCGAAAAAGCCCGCACGAUGGCGCACAUGAACAAGGACCACCGCGCCGACAUGCGCGCCAUACUGGCCUACUUCCCCGCCGUGCCGCCCGUUCCUUCUCCUUUUCCCUACGACAACCAAACAAAACCCGGCGACGAAGCCAGCGACACCGACACCGACCCGCUGAUGACCGACAUCUCGCUCACCUCCUUCACGCUGACCAUGCCGCCGCGCGCCGGCGGCACCAGCCACGUCGUCGCGUUCGAUCCGCCGCUGGCCAGCUGGGCGGAGAGGCGCGCGCGGCUGGUGGAGAUGACGCGCGUGGCGCGGGCGGCGGCGGGUGGCGGUUCCCCCUCUUCCGCCUCCUCCUCGUCACCUCAUGGUCUGGUUGUGGGGGGUGGUGAUUCUGCUGCCGGCACCACAGCAGACGGUGGCGGCGUGGCAGGGGAACAGAGAGGGACGGCGGUGCGAGUCACGUCGUACGUGCCGCCGCGCGUGCCGUAUGACGUGGCCGUGUUCGGCGGCGUCGUGUUCUACUUUGCGUGCUUCGCGCUCGUGCAGGCGGGGUAUUUCGCGGACGGCGGGGUGCUGGCGCGGGAGGUAGUGCGGUUCUUCCCCGGCGGCGCGGCCGGGUUCCGGUGGCUGGUGCGGGCUAUCUUCGUGCCCGUGCUGGGGAUUCACCUGACGGAGACGUGGUGGUUGGAGCGGAGCCGGUUGCGGGCGCACGGCGUGCGGAGGGGCAGCGGCGUGUGGUGGCUGUGGGUCGGGAGCGUGUUCUUCGAGGGGGUGAUGGCGUUUAAAAGGUUUGAUUUGUUGGUCGCGAGGCUGCGGAGGGAGCAAACCAGGAAGGGCCAGUGACGGGAUGGGGGAGGUACAGCUCGUCGUCCAGCAGCAUCAACGCUGAUGAACUGUUGGCAUUAGGGGGUUGUCUUCCACGCAGG